GACAGGUGCGUGACAAUCGGAGCUCUCUGCAAGCAUGUACGCCAAAGGCAAGAGUAGCAACGUGCCGUCCGACAGCCAAGCCAGAGAAAAGUUAGCUCUCUAUGUGUACGAGUAUCUGCUACAUGUAGGAGCACAGAAGUCAGCACAGACCUUUCUCUCAGAGAUCCGAUGGGAGAAGAACAUCACACUAGGAGAACCUCCGGGGUUUCUCCACUCAUGGUGGUGUGUUUUCUGGGACCUUUAUUGUGCUGCUCCAGAGAGAAGAGACACAUGCGAACACUCCAGUGAGGCCAAGGCUUUCCAUGACUAUAGUGCUGCAGCAGCUCCAAGCCCCGUCCUUGGGAACCUUCCCCCAGGAGAGGGCAUGCCAGUGGGGCCAGUCCCUCCAGGUUUCUUUCAGCCAUUUAUGUCGCCUCGAUACCCUGGAGGACCCAGACCACCCCUCAGGUUACCCAACCAGGGACUUGGAGGCGUCCCAGGUAGCCAGACCAUGUUACCCAGUGGAAUGGACCCCACAAGACAGCAAGGACAUCCAAAUAUGGUAGGACCAAUGCAGCGGAUGACUCCACCCAGAGGCAUGGUACCACUAGGGCCCCAGAACUACGGAGGUGGAAUGAGGCCACCACUAAAUGCGCUGGUUGGUCCUGGGAUGCCUGGCAUGAACAUGGGACCUGGCGGGGGUAGACCAUGGCCAAAUCCUCCAAACUCCAAUUCUACCCCUUAUUCUUCUGCAUCUCCAGGAAGUUAUGUGGGACCUCCUGGAGGUGGGGGGCCACCUGGGACCCCAAUAAUGCCAAGUCCAGCAGAUUCAACUAACUCCGGCGACAACAUGUACACUAUGAUAAACACAGUUCCUCCAGGAGGAAGCCGACCAAAUUUCCCUAUGGGUGCCGGUGGCGAUGGUCCAUUGGGGGGAAUGGCUGGAAUGGAGCCACAUCACAUGAAUGGAUCAUUAGGGUCUGGUGAUAUGGACAGUCUCCCCAAGAACUCUCCUGGUAACCUAAGUAUGAGUAACCAGCCGGGAACCCCAAGGGAGGAUGGAGAAAUGGGCGGAAACUUCCUUAACCCUUUUCAGAAUGAAAGUUAUUCUCCAAACAUGACGAUGAGUGUGUGAAGACUCUGGAAGCGGGUUGGUCAGACGCUCUGUAAGCUGGUGUGGAUCGGUAAAAAGCAGAAAGACAGGAUGUGAUGUCAUGUAGGCCAGUGACUCUUCCUCCACCACAACCACCACCACCUGCCCAGUCGGGACAGCUGCCCUAACCUCCGUCCUUCUACUAACCCUCCCUCAUUUUCCCUCAUACACACACACACACCUCCCUUCCAUGGUUUCUGUCCUUGUCUCUUCUCACCUGUUACUUCUCCCGCUCUAAGUGAUGACUCUGCUACAUUCAUCAGUUCUUCUAUGAGACUGUACAAAGGAACCAAAAUUUAAACCACCUGGAGGAGAGCUCUUGUUUAUUUGCGUACUGUGUGUGCGUGUCUGUGUGUGUGUGUGUGUGUGUGUGUGUAUGCGACUGAUGUCAUAUCAUGGAUUUCAUGCCCAAAAAACGAAAGGCCAGUAUCCUAAAAUUUAAAUUCUCAAGGAUUUAAAGACACUUUUUGAUUGAUGGUUGAAAAUGUGUUAUACCGGUUUGUCAUGUGCAACAUCUGUUGUCUUUUCUUGACAAUCUUCUUAAUGUCUGACUCGAAGAGAAAUGGAAAGGCUCCACAAUUAUAUUACUAUGAGGUUAAUUUGAGGCUUGUGCAGAUCUAUGUGAAGUCUUUUCAACAGUGUAAUUGUGUAGAUCUUUUAAGACUACCACUGAGACUGUGUUGUACACUUUAUAUUAGGUCUGGGAAUCAGUUUUUCUGUCAUCUGAACUUUUUUUUCCACAGAUGUUGAAAUGUAAAGGCUUUUUUUUUCAAGAUCUUUUAUUGGAUUUCAUGAUAUAAAUUUGCAAGAUUAGGAAAUAUAUUUGGUAAGCAAUAAAGUGCAGCCAGUGAUUAAAUGCAAGCAUUGACGAAGUAAAGAAUCCAAUGAUCUCCAGUCAGGACUUAAGUCCAUUAUAUUCAAGGGAAGGCGCUGAGAUUUGUUUGACUCUUCUUCUGGAGGUCAGCAAGUGCAAUUGUGAUUACCAUGUCGCUGUCAAUUACAGUUUGCUGUGUUACCAUGGCACAUCUCAUUUCCACAAUUUUAAACACACAUUUAUGAUUAUUCGUACCAGUUCUGUCUGUUAAUAUGGCAGUUUUUCUUCCACAUUACAAUACAUGACAGAUAUAUAACAUUGAACCCCAAGUAAAAUCCUUUCAUGCUGUAUCAUGUGUUUUUAAGGCCUGACGAGACAAGUGAUGUGCAGAUCAAAGUCAGCUCUCUUCAGAGUAUAAACAUCAUUCACAGAAAAUAUUCAGCUCAACCUGAAACUUGUGUUUGCAUUUUCACUUUAAAUGGUUAUUGGGGGGGAAAAAGAGCUUGAAAAUGUUUAUACUGUUAAAUACAAAAGCACAGUAUACAGUAUGAUUUUUCAUGUUAUUUAACAAGAUGGGACACUCAACCUGUAGCCAUAUAAUAGGUUGGUUUUGUUUGCUUGGGCCUCUCUCAUAUCUAGUUGUUUAAACCUUGAUCCAAUUUGCUAAUCAAGUGCACAUCUUAAUUUCUGCAGCCCACAUUCUCUGGACAUAUAAUAUUUGAACAAAGAGAAGAAUCAAAGAAACAUGAGGGGUAUGGAUGGUAAAUUGUACGACACAAGCUUAUAAAGUCACUUUGGUCACUCACACUUAAAUGUCAUCCGGAUAAACUGUGAUCUCAGUGUGAUAUGCGAGGUUAGUUGGUACAGAAAGCUAAAAAUAAGCUUGUUUUUAAUCAAUGUUUUAAACUUUUUUCAAUGCCCAAGAUGUAUGAUCAUCAUGUACAAAAAGGUCUACGUACCUGUGAACAUUCUCCUUUCCCCUCCCUUACUGCAAAGUAUACAGCUCCCAAAUGUAGCUCCCCUGUCUUGUAUGUGUAUUUGAUAUUAUUAUUAUAAUUAUUAUUAUUAUUAUUUAAAGAAAAAUCUGGAUAAUUAUAGCAAAAGGGGAGGGAUGGACUGAUGAUGCACCAUCACGACUGAACAGAGAUGUUUUUAUUUGUUUUUGUGUUAGUUUGAAGCCAUAAGUGGGAGUACAAGAAGACACAUUUGUAAAUUGGAUCAUGUUUUCUGUUUUGUGGCAGUAUGUGGGACUCCAUUUGUGAUGUGUUCAUUUUCUCUUUUUUAUUCUUGUAUUAUGUUUUUGUAAAUAUACAGAGAAGUAUUUCAUGGGUUUUGAAUAUGCUGGUAUAAAGCUUCUCUU